GCAUGUUCUCUCAGGCGGCGGCGUGUCCCGGGGAGCGUUCCUUCCUAGGACCGUGCGCGAGAAGAACGACGUCUGGCUGACGAGCGCGGUGGUGCCUGCGGGCUGGGAGCCUGGGCGCCAGGCUCGCGUGCCCCGCGCCGGCGUCUCGGGGCCGCCGGGCGCUCCCGGCUCUGGGGCCGAGGGGAAGCCCGGGCGGCGACGUGGAGGGUCCUGCGCGCCCCUGAAGCGCCGGAGCAGACGGCGCCGAGGGCGCCCGCUGGAGAGCCCGCGGGCGGAGGGUCGCUCCGGGUCGGGCAGCGGGCGGAGCGCGGCCGGUGCCUGCUGGAGCGCGGCCGCGCCUGUCACGUUUGGCCGCGGGGGACCGAGAGGGGACGUGCACGCGUGGAGACGCGGACGCCGGGAGCAUGGGGAAGAGCCUGGGCAGCGGCGUCAGAUCCCCGGGGGCGGCGGCCGCGCGGGGGACAGCAUUUAUGACAUUAACAGAGGACAGGACUAUGUCGAGAAUUCUGGGGGUAUACUUGGUGAAAAUGAAUUAAGACCAUCCUCCCAGCUACAUUCUCUCUUAGAGAAGACCGAGCCAGGGUUCAUAUCAGAAAAGAUUUUUGAGACAGUGUCCUUGAGUUCAGACUCUCUCUUCCAGAGGGCAGUUUCAAUUCUUCAUACUUCUUACUUGGACUCUGCAUCUGAGCAUGGUUUUCAGUACAGUCAAGUGACUUUGGUGAAAAAUGACAUUUUCUUAAAUGAGUACAAAACUUUUUACCAAGAAAAAAAAGCAAGUAAUUAUACUCAGGAAGAACUUCAAGAGACUUACGGGUUUCUUCUGUUUGAAACUGAAAAUCAGGCAAAGUCAGUAUGUGAGCGCGGACUCUGUGUGGGCUACAGUACUAUUACCACACUUGGUGACCCAGCCAAAGGUGUGUAUAUUUCCAAAUACUCAGACUAUCUUCAUGCAAGACCGUGGUAUCAUGGGAAGUCUGGUUAUGUUGUAAUUUUUAACCUAAUUAAGGGAAGAGUCAAGUUUGUGUCUGAGAAUUAUACCACUAACUAUACUAGCCCAUCUUCUGGCUAUGAUUGCCACGUGGCUGCAAAUACUAACAAGGUUUCUCACAAGACGAGUCAUUUUCGCGCAUUUGAACUGAGUCAGUAUUACCUCUAUGAAGUUUCAGGCAGCUCUGUUACUGAGCGACCCAGGCAGGUCUGUCCUUAUAUUAUUGUAGCUUUCCAGUACAGGGAGCCUAAAAGGAUGGCAGCAUCAGCCCAUAAAAGCAUAUUUGAACUCAGUGAAAAUGCUCUGUCCUCUUCAUGGCAAGGCAAAUUAAUUGUUCAAGGCUGUCUACUGUGUGAUAUAACUCUUUGGUCCUCUGACGGUACAGCUGUUCCAACACAACUACCACGCGAACUAGAUUUUAAGUAUGUAAUGAAAGUGUCAUCUUUGAAGAAAAAACUACCAGAAGCUGCCUUUAGAAAACAGAAUUACCUGGAGCAAAAAGUCUGUUGCCGAGAUUUGUGCUUCAGGACGUAUGAGGUGGAGCUGGCGAACAAAUGCGGGGGAAAAGUCGAUAAACUAACAGAGUACAUCAAAAAUAAGGAAUUGGCAAUCAUCAAAUGCUUAGAAGAUUCGGGGCUUUUCAUCUUAUUUACCUCGUCAGCCUUAAUACCAGAAACAAAUUUUAGAGACGAGCAGAUGGGUCUGUGUGGGUUACAUUUAUCCCAUCCGUCCCUUCCAGCAGGGCUGAGAGAAUUGAAAGUUGAAGAUGACAUCUCAUCGAAGGUGACACCUAUUAUACCUGCCCUUAAUUGUGCCCUGCUAGAAGCAAAGAAGUCAUUUACUGAAGAAGGAGUCUGUCCAAACACAUUAGUAAAGCGUAGUUUCCAAGAACUGUGCAAGGCAGACAAAGGCCCUCCGUUGACUGCUGCUUCCCAAGAUGGAAUUCAAGAGACUGCAUUCUUUGGCCAACUGUCCAAUGGCUUUGACUUGGUUCCUCCAGCAGAAAAGUGCCCUUUACAGUCUUUAACUCAGUUGAAGUCUUAUUUUUCAGAUCCCAGUGGGUACGUUUUGGACGUGUCUGCUGCGUUAGAUUUCUUGACAGAGCAUCCUCAGUCCCCUUGCAUCUCAGAUGGAGCUUGUGAUGCCGGGUUCUCUUUAGUUACGACUCCAGAUCCUGAACUUCUGGACUCCGAGGUGGAAGUAAGAAAAGAAACGGAAACCAAAAAAAAUCCUGAAGAAAUGUUUAAAGCCAGGCGGGGAUCUCUGGUUCCGUUAAGUGCAGCAUCCAACCUGAGAGUUCAGCCUAAGAGAAAGGCAAGCACGCCGCCCGCUGUGCAGAGCAAGAGGGUGCGCUUGUGCCGUCCCUUCCCCAAAAGAAAUCCCGCCGGAGCGAGCAAGGGUUCGAGCUCUCCACCAACUCUCAAGUUAGUUAAAGGACCGCUGCUUCCGAAAAGAAAAAGAGCAAAAGGAGAAGCUGGUUCACAGCUUCCAUCAGAAAUCUCGUCGGUUGGCCAGGAGGAUGUUACUAGCACCGAGGCAGCUCUGACGGAAGACAGCUCGGUGGCUCCGAGAGAUCUGCCCGAGAACUCCAUGGUCGCCUGUGACUCCCAAGCCCUGAAUAUGCUAGCUGACCUAGCACUGAGUGCCGCUACUUCUGCCGCGCCGCCGUCUGAGCCCAGACGCUUGCCCUGUUCCUCUGAAUCACCGCAAAACGAUGCUUUGCUUUCUAAAGAACGUUCUGUACGUGGUACGUCUGACCAUGAAUAUCACAGAGGAGUUAAAAAUAAAAAAGGUGGACUGUUCCCUAAGCCCGCCUCUGAGAAGAAGAGUAGUCCGGCGUCCGACUGCCCCGUCAGCCAAGAGGAGGAGAGCUUGGCUCCCGCCAGUCCGGCCCCCGUGGCAGUCCCAUCAGCCCUUCCCGAGGAGACACUGGAAACCCACGAUGCCAGCCAAAGCUCUUUUGUUGCCGUGGAACAUUCCUAUGCCCUGCUCCUUGCGGAGCAUUCGAAGAGAUAUCUACAGCAGAGAGGGAUCCCCAGCCCCGCUUUCGCCAAGAACGGCCCCAAAGGCCCUGAAGCGGGAACCCCCGUGGGGAAAGUGAUGCCUUUCCGGCACCAGCAGAGCACCUCCCCGCUGCAGAAGCUGUGCGAGGACCCGGCGCUCAAGCACAGGGGUAGGCUGCUGUCCUCCAGCCUGAGGGACUCCCGUUGCUCUCAUACCGUGUUCAGCUGUGACGGCUCCUAUAAGGUCACUUUCAGAUGUGACACGGAGUACGUAUUCAGCUUGGACAGCAAAUACACCAACAACCCCCUGGAGAAGACCGUCAUCAGAGCACUGCAUGGGCCCUGGAACACUGACUUGCCUGACAAUGUGGAAGAAGUGAAGCUUUUACUGCACAUGUGGGUAGCUCUGUUUUACAGCAAUCAAAACAAAGUCCUCCGGUCAUCCCGAAAAGUGGUCGAACACAGCAACCCAGCAAAAUACGUGUCUAUAAAUAGCACAUUAGAAUCUUUUGAAUUCAGUGAAAUCGAGGAGUCCUCCAGCGGGGAAAGAUAUUCUGUGGACCCGCUGUUGGAGACCAGUGAACCUCCCAGAGGUCACGCUGCCAAUGUGUCCUUCCCCGACACGGACUCCUUGCUUCCCUUCAUGAAACCACCACCCGCAGGAGGCUUACAGUUCUGGGUGCAGAAUGAACAGAAAGACACAUUUGCCAGAGAAGGUCAUCCGGAUCCCCCAGAAAGCCAGAAUUUCGUUUAUUCUUGUCAUAACGAGAUCAUUGGGGAAGAAGCUGAACGAGGCCCAUCAGAUAAGCUGGAGACUUCCGAUCUUGUUCUUGCUAGUAUUGGAAGUACCCAGGCUAAUGGACCUGCCAUUCCCGGCGAAGACAAAACCUUUGAGCCACUUGAUAGCACAGGAGCGACUUACAACGAUACUGUCACACAGACCACAUUCAGCCGGACUUACGAUGGGCUCGGCGAUCCGCUGGUGAUCUGUCAGAAAUCUGUAUACGGCGCCCUUGACAGCGCGGGGGAUGUCUUCCACGCAGCGGCGCAAGCAGAACCCAGUGCUCUCCAGGGCCUCAUCCGGCAGAGCGGCCCCCUGAGCGGACACUGUCAGCCAGCCCUGGAGAGGAAGGAUGACCCAGAGUAUGUGAUGAUUAAUCUGGAACCAGUUACCUUCACUUUUGAAAAAAAUACCUACGUCCCAGUACAGACAGACGUCCCAGUGCAGACGGACGUUGUAAAUACAGGCGGCGAACCGACAGCCUUUCAUCCGGAGUGGAUUACACCGGUGUCACCUGCCGGGAGUCUGAGGCGUCCUGUGUCUGCUUUUGAAAAGGCACAAACACAAGGCCUUAGGAACGGUCCCUCUCCCACAGUGUCCACGCAGAAAGGUACUAAGUACCUUUGUGUCGCCUCACUCAGCGAAGAGGGGCCCGCGGAAGAAAUGUGUGCGCUGCGCAAAGGGCUUCCGGUUCCAUCCGGCCGCUUGGUGGUGGCGGAGGCGUUGUCGUCCUUUGAAGGUUCUCAUGACCCGGCAGCCGGAGAAGAGACGAAGCCCUCUCCAGAGCUUUUCCUGCACACCCCGAGUCUCCUUGGCAUAUCUGCGGAAGAGAUCAUAGAGCCGUCCCAGGUGAAAGACGCGGUCUCGCCCGCCGCCUCUGCCGCCCUGGGACACGGUCCCGCGCGCGGCCGCGCUCCGCCGGCGGGUGGCGCCGCAGACGGCUCCUCGGAGCCCGUGCGGGGCGGGCGCGGGCUGAAGAGUGAGCAGAGGAACUUGGAAUCCUUUCGUACCGCUUGUACCAAACAAACCGAACAAACCGGCCUCUCAGGGAGCAGAGAGGAGGCCAGCCUGGAGUUCUCGGACGAGGAUUCCGACAUCGACCUCAGUCUCACGAUAUCGCCGCCCACCAGCCCCAGAGGAGGGGUGCCGGCCGGGGGACCGGGGCAGACCCCCGCGGCAAGUCUGGAACUUCAGGACGCGACUGAAGAGAUCAUUGGGCCAGAAGCGGUGACUCUCCUAGAAGACCCAGAGGUAGAUUCUGCGAAUUAUACCUCCAUGUUCCCUGCGAUGCCUGAGAAGUCGUUAGAAAGUAAGGAGAGGAAAGGUGAUAGUUUACAAACCGUUACCUUAAUACUUUCUAAAGAAACUUGCGCCCUUGAGAUCGCAGAGGAAGUGAAUGUCACCUCAGACUUUCCUUUUGCUUCUUUAAUUGAGGAAGUGUCACCAGCUUCCAGUCCUGACCGCCAGGAUCCGGUCGAAGCAGCACAUCCACCUCAGGCCUUGUCUCUGUGUGGUCUGCAGCUGGCCAGUACACUGGGUGAGGGAAAGGACAGAUUCUCCCGGAUGGAGUCUGUAAACUUGGCCUUGACGGAGAAAGAACAUUCUUUUGUUGGUCCUACUUAUCCGGUGGAACAAGGUAACCUACGUGGAGUACAACAGACGCAGCUCUGUGCUGAGAUGCCUGUCCUAGGAAGUAAGCAUCCAGAAAGAAGAGACGGCUGUCUGACCCUGCCUGGUGAGCUAACUGAGGAGACUGGCCCCGGGGAGCAUGGCGAGGGUUUCUCUGUCUCAGAAAAGCUGCCGUUCCGUGCUGCGGAGCUGGGCCAGCCAGCCGUGGCUGCCAGAUACAGAGAGGAUGUCAAGCUUUCUCCAGAACAACCGGUGCCAUCAGGAAACCCACUGCAGCCUAUUAGCAUCCAAAACAGGAAUUUCAGUUCUCUUGUCUUGGAGACCAAUGAGCCUCCAUGGAGUCCUACAAAGAUGAUUGAAAAUAAGUCUUUAGUGGACACAUUUGUUUCUACAACUGCUCCAAGUGGUACAGUGAAUGUGGCAGUAAAAGAGCAGACCAGCCCUGAAAGUAUCGGGAAUCAUCUCUUCAGCGGUGGUGUGAAGACAGAUGAAGGCCUCUACCUGCAGGCUCAGUCCUUGAGCUCUUGCUCAGCCGGCGGGGCUGAUACACAGACGCGUGGGCACUCAGAGAGCCCCAGACUGGCUUUUCCCUCAGAUGGGGCUGCCUUAGCCCGCUGUCCCAGACCCACGGACACAGAGACCGGGGUCCAGACACAGGAAAUCUCAGUGGUCAAAAUGGCCAGUUUGCUUAAGAAUAGUGAUGCUGAGGCCACGUUCCAUGAAGAAGCCACAGAUCUAGGAGGUGUUGACUCCCAGUCAAGCGCCACAUGUCCGGAAGACAAACCAGACACAGUUCAUGUGCUGCAAGAUCGGGCAGUGUGUGAAACCAAAGAUCUGCUGGACGCUGGGCUUUUCCCCAUGUGUGUACCUGCGGAUUCAUACCAUAAAACAGCCAUCACUGGUGAAAAUACCAGUAGAGAGCCUUGUGCCCCUCUUGUUUGUGGAGUCUCCGAAGAGCAGACAGCAAGUCAGGCCUCUGGUGAGGGGCUCAGAGCCGAGGAGGACUCGGGGACCGUGGGUAGAGACGUGGAGGUCCGUGUGAAUUCUGAGAUCCAGUAUGAGCCGCUUUCUGGAGAGUCUGAUCAGGACUCUUGCGGGGGCUGUAGAAAUCCCAAAUCAGAGGUAGAGAGUUCCUGCCCUUUGAGGUGUAGUCAAACCAAGAAAGAAGAAGAUACUUCGAAAGAUGAUUAUGACUCUUUCCCGAGCCUAAAUAACAGUGAUAAUGAAGAGUGGGGCUACUCUCCCCCUGCCCCAGGGCUGGAGACGGGCACUGCUCCCAGACGCUGGCUCGUUGGGUUCAAGAAAGAAGACAGGUAUGUGCCCUCGUAUAUCCAGAUCCGAGACCUCCACGGCAUCCCCAGGACUUACGCUAAUUUCACCGUAACGAAAGAGCUGACGGAUACCACGAGAACUUUGCACAGCCUGAGGCGGCACCCCAAUUUCACUGCGAAGUGUGGCUUGCUCAGCUCCUGGACCAACACCUGGCAGGUGGCAGAUGACCUCACCCAGAGCACUUUGGAUCUGGAGUAUCUGCGUUUUGCACAUAAGCUAAAACAAACUGUGAGGAAGGGAGGUUCUCGGCCUUGUGCCUCCUCCACCGGUGUCUUUGCAAAGGAGGCCCCGCUCCAGACCGCGCCGGGGGCUCUCCCCCUGACCAGCGGCCGCGCGUCCCCGGCUCUGCCGCCCGCGUCCCGGAGCCGGAGUCCCCUGGUGGUAACGGUGGUGCAGUCGGGCGCGCGGCGGCAGAGCCCGCGCGGGAGAGGCCACGCGGCCGGCAGCUGGGACGGCUCCUCCUCGCGGAGGGAGAGCGGCGGCCGCGGUGGAGCUCCGCGGGCGGACUCCGAGAGAAAGCGGGCGGCUUCGCGCCACCUCAACAGGCUGAGGUACAGCUCCAGUUUCAGAGAAUCGCGGAACGACAUCCCACUUCUCCUCGGCGAAUGCGCCGAAUUCAACACGGUGGUGGCGACCAGCAGGCCGGCGCUUGGCCCGGACGGGGGGCGCGGCGGGGCCCCCGGGGAGGCCUUCCCGCGGGCGGCCUCCUACGAGGACCUGGUGGCGGACCUGUGCGCCGGCCUGCGCGCGCGCCUGCUGAGCGUGGUCAGCCAGGCCUGUCGCAGCCCCUGCCGCUUCUACCUCGUGGACACCGACGACCCGUCGUUCUCUGCGAGAACAAAGAGCGUCCUGCGGAAAGGGGGCCACACGGAAAUUGAACCUCAGCAUUUCUGUCAGGCCGUCCACAGAGAGAACGACACGCUCCUGGUCAUCAUCAGAAACGAGGAUACGGCGUCGCGCCUGCACCAGAUCCCCUUCCUGCUGAAGCUGAAGCACUUCCCCAGCGUCCUCUUCGCCGGAGUGGACGGCCCCGAGGACGUGCUGAAGCACACCUACCAGGAGCUCCUCCAGACGGGCGGCUUCGUGGUCUCGGACGACAAGAUCCUAGAAACCGUGACAUUAGCUCAGCUGAAGGACGUGGUCAGGACCCUGGAGAAGCUGAACAGAAACGGGAGGUGGAAGUGGCUGCUUCACCACAGGGAAAACAAGAAGCUAAGAGAAGACGCCAGGGUGGACCCGGUCGCUCGCAGGAAGAACUUGACCCUGAAAUCCUGUCAGAGCGCAGGGCUCAUCGAGCCGCUUCCUUACCACCAGUGUGACUGCCGAGCACCCCCGAAAGCCGAACAUUUCAAAUGCCUGCUAAACCUGCAAAUCCAGCACGUCCACACCCGCUUCGCGGUCUUCCUAACAGAAAAGCCAACUGUCUCCAGAGAAGUCUUUGAAAAUAGUGGCAUCCUUGUUACGGAUGUAAAUAACUUCAUUGAAAACGUGCCCAAAAUAGCAGCUCCGUUUAAGAGCAGCUAUUGGUAAGAACGCCUUCCAGAACUCUCCUGUUUACGGGGCAUGACAGACGCUGACAUUCGUGUCUGAGGAAAGCUGCUGUUGGCGAACUGCUCUUCACCUUCCACAUCAUGCUGUAAAUUUUCGGUCUGUUAGGGGCGGAAUUGCUGUCGGUUUGGCCUAAGUGGGAAUUUCGGAAGGAGCCACGUGCUUCAGAGGAGCCCGUUUUUUCUUAAGGACCCCAGUCGUCGCCUGCAGUUCACCUUGUUCCCAGGACGGAAGAGAACACGCAUAAGUCCCCGUGAGACGGCCUCCUGUUUCUAAAAACCUUUCUUGACUGUUCUAUUUAAAGAUGAAAUCAUCAAUUUUGUAUUUGUCCAGGUGAUCAGCGGGCCUGGAGCACACCGCUGCCACCAACCAAUUCCGUUUCCUUUUACUUGAAAACUUUUUCGAUAAACAGCAGUUUUCUCAUAUUUGAAAAAUCACUGUUCUCCAACUUGAGAGUUUUCCUUCGUUUCUUUAUACCUUGUAAAAUCUUGGCCUUCGUUCACAGCGGGACGCCAGCUGUCCACGAGCGUUCGGCUGCAGUGGUCAUACUGGUUUAAAUUAUUUUCCAUUUUUACAGAGAGCCUUCAAAACUUAAUUAAGCUCACUGUUAAAAAGAAUUUUACAAACACGUUUACUUAGUUGUAGCAAAAAUAAGUCUAUUUUAACAGAUAGCUUUGUUUUUGCAUGUUCCUGUCUGAAAGGCGUAGGUAGCGCAUGUUACAGUUUGUGUUCCAGGCUUCACCGCCCUCGACAAGCUGGGAUCUCGCGCGGUGCACACGCGGGUGUUCUAGCAACACUACAGUAAGUUCUGUUACAGAUCUAUAAAUUGUCAGUUUCCACUUACUCACGUUUUGUAAAUAUUGCACUACAAAAAUCAACCCUCUAAGGAAGAAAAUCUUUUAUUUAUGGUAUUAAAUAAUUUCUACCAUAAUCUUUGAACUCAAAACCAAGCAAAAAAAAGUAGAUACAUAGUAUCUAUUUGGAACAAAUUUUUGUAACUAAUUUGUUUCAUUUUUUAAAAUAAAGACAACUAAAAAAAUCAA